CCCUGCCGGACGGACUAGCUAGCUUUGUGAGUGUAGCCUUUGGAUUGUUUUGAAGUGAUCUUCCCAGAAUUACCCACCAAAUCUGAAGGCUGUGUAACGGUGCAUCGAAGUUAUAGCGUUUUGGCACUCAUUCCCUUUCAGUUCGCUAAUUAGUUUUGGUACUGUGUCCAGCCCCGUGACCUCUCACUCCCCCUCCCCCAAACGAAGGGUAGGGAAUCCCAGGUUCCAGUUGACAAGGGUACGCGCGAAAUGUCGUUCUGCGAUACCGCGCCAUAAAACCAUGAACUUUAAGCGGUACAACUAUUCGUAGCAAAGCAAACCGAAUCUGCGGAUCCUCUCGGCUGACAGGAGCGGAAUCGACUCCAGUUGCAACACAGCAUCUCAUCAGUGAAGAUCGACCGCCGGAACGGGCAAGACCUGUUGCUUUAUUUCGGAAACGCUAUAAAACACUCGCGAUCGCAGGGAACGCGCUGCAGUUCUACAGGGAAUAGCCACUGUGUCGUGUAAUCGGAACAUCAGCUUCAGCCUGUUUUGGGUGUAAUGGCGCGAUUCGUGCAAGUGCUUGCCCUGGUGGCCUUCGGCCUGGCGAGCGCUUUGGGACAGGACGCGUCCAGCGAAGCCAGCACCGUGUCUCCCCAAGCUAUCUUCGAUCUCUCGGAGGAUGACUUCAAACUUUGGAUCUCCGGACGACAACCAAAGGCCUGGGAAGGAGAAGCUUCUUCAAGCGGCACUACAACAACCCCAGCAAGCACUCCGAGAACGACAACGCCCGCAUCCGUUUUCCGAACGACAUCCACCUCGACGACACCUGCUCCAUCAAGCAUCCUGACCACUACGACCUCCACCACCACCACCAGCCCCUUCGAUAGUUUCCCUCCGUCCGAUGGAAAGUCCUGGUUUGAGGAGGAGGAAGGCGACACGGCGACACCCCGCCCGGACGUGCUCGGCGAACAGUUCAAACCGGCCGGCGAAGACUUUGCCCAGUGGCUCGAGCGUCAGAUGAACCGUGUGCAGCAGGUGACGUUCGUUCCGCAGACGACCUUGACGGGGGAUCAGCUGCCGGGAGCAGGGCUCGUCACCCGUUUGACAACCAACCGAAACCGGAUUCCCGCUACCACCUUCCAGCCGGUGACGGAUUACGUCCCAGUAACCACAACACCACCACCACCACCACCAUCUCCAUCUUCACAUCAGACCUCAGCUCCCGCCUAUCUUCCGGUAGAGCAAGUGACCCAUGCUCCUGCAGCCACGAUCCCUGCCCCACUCGACCUGCACCAGUGGCUUCGCGAUCAGCUGCAAACUUCUCAGCGGCUGACGAAUAAUCUGCUUGCUCAGUGGACACCCGGUGGUGCGAUCGUUAGGUCAGAUGGUCAUCACUACACGCCGAACGCUGUAUCCUACCAAUCUUCGGCCCUCAUUCACGGACUUCAGGGUGUGUCUCACAGUGGGCAUGUGCGUCAUGAGCCUGUGGUGGCUGUUCACACAACCGCCACACCGAUCCGUCGUGUGUUCUAUCCCGCGGGAAGCUUCAUCUAUUCCCAGGCGGCUCCAGUGCCUCAGUAUGGUUCGUUCGUGGGCCACUACAAGACGCCACUGGUCAUCAAAUACCAGUGAAAAGGGUCAAUGCAGCACUGGAGGCUUCUGAACAAUGCUCAACAAUAUGACUAAAAAGCUUACUAAUGUAAUGGUUGUUGGUGUUCUGUUUUACACGUUUUUUAACAUAAAUUGAUCUAAUGUUACUCUGGUUUUAAAUAGA